AUGGACUUAAUAGGCACAGACCUGAUGAAUAGACAACGACUAAACAUGCAAACCAUCCAUAAUGGCCCUACUCUCGAUACAGAUUCUAGGCCCCUGCUUGACCAUAACUUCUCCGCGACUGAGAUAAAAGAGGCUCUUUGGAGCAUUGAUGACAACAAGGCCCCUGGUUUGGAUGGCUUCAAUAGUAAAUUCUAUAAAGCUGCAUGGCCUAUUAUAAGCCAAGACGUGAUUACUAUUAUCCAAGGGUUCUUAGCCACUGGGAAACUUUUGAAGAGUUGGAAUAACACUGCUAUAAUAUUCAUCCCCAAAGUGUCCUAUCCCUCAAAGCCAGUGCAUAUCCAAACUCAUCUGUACAAGACUAAAGCGAGUCUUGGGAAAGAUUAUCAACCACACACAACGUGCUUUGUGGCGGGAAGGCUAAUCAGCCACAACAUCCUCCUAUGCCAAGACAUUGUCAAGCACUACUCGAGGAAAGGUUGUUACUCCAGUUGUCUCAUCAAGGUAGAUCUGAGAAAGGUGUACGACACUAAGGACUGGUCGUUCCUGCAUGACAUGUUGAUAGCUCUAAACUUCCCUCUACACUUUAUCAGAAUCAUCAUGGUCUGCAUCAACUCCACCCACUAUUCGAUUAUGUUGAACGGCUCCCCAUCCAAAACAAUCAAACCUAAAAGAGGGCUACGACAAGGUGGCAUGGAAUACCUCUUCCAUACACUCAUGAGGACUAGCUCCCAUGAGGACUUCAAAUUCCACCCCAGAUGCCGGAAAUUGAGACUUAAUCACCUAUCCUUUACUGAUCUCAUGUUCUUCUGCAAAGGGACCUCAAAUCUAUUCAGCUGCUCUGUCAAGGUCUCAAAUCCUUCGUUGCCUCUUCAGAUUGCUCAGGAGGUUCUUCUGCCCCUCGGCUCACUCCCCUUUCCUUAUAGUAUCCCCCUCAAUUUCAAAAGGAUCUCUGCUGCGGACUGUGAUGUCCUGGUUGAUAAUAUGACCUCUAGAAUUCGGUCCUGGUAUGCAAAGAAUCUUUCCUAUGCAGCUCGUGUCCAACUUGUCACAUCGAUCCUAAUGAGUAUCAGCUCCUACUGUUGUGAGCUUUUCAUCUUCCCGAAGACUGUAAUCAAGAAGGUAAACCUCAUCUGCCGCUUCUAUCUAUCGCACGCCUCGGACAACAAUCCAUCCCCAGGCAACAUUGGCUGGAAACAUAUUUGCUGCCUUAAGAAAGGAGGAGGCUUGGGUGUAAGAAACCUUGAAACCUGGAAUUUAGUGGCCGUGGGGAAAUUAGCUUGGCAUGUCUAG